AUGUCUCCAGCUUCGAUAAUUUGGUUUGGUGUAUUCCUCUGUGGAGUAUUGGUUUCUGCAGAAGUUCAAUCCGAUGUCAAGGAUGUUAUUCGUCAAUUUCCAUGGAAUAUUGAUCCUCAAUUCAGUCAACCUAUUCAUCAUCAGCGUUCUGCUGCUGCUCAAUCACCAUUGGAUGAAUUGUUCAAAGUUCCAGCUGUAAAGGAUUUAAUUCAAUAUUUGGAAAAACAUGGAAUUCAAGCUGAAAAAAUGUUUAGCAAUUUUAUAAGAAUCGUACAGCAAUAUGAAGCAUUUGCCAACGCAUCAUCAAUUGGAGAUGUUUUUGACAUUAUGUUCAAGAUAUUGCCAAUGUCUGAAGUGUCAGCUGUAGUGAAAGAGAAAAUUAGGGACGAUCCUGAAUUCGCUAAACUAGCUCAAGUUAUUAAAAGUCCACAAUUUAAAGCUUUGUUCUAUCGUGCAUUGAAUGCCAAGGCUACCUGUGCUGGUUGCAAUGGACAAGUUCGAGGAUUUUCAUUUUCAGUUGGUUUCAGUAUUUCUUUUGUGAUUGCCUCUGCAGACGUUCAAUCUGAUGUCAAGGACUCCCAGGAUAUUAUCAACCAAUUCCCUUGGGAUAAUGAUGUCAUUCAACCACGUUCAUCAUCAUUGGAAGAAUUAUUCAAAGUUCCAGCUGUACAAGAUUUGGUUCAAUACUUUGAAAAACAUGGAAUUCAAGUUGAGAAGAUGAUCGUCAAUUUCAUGAAGAGCAUCAAUCAAUAUGAAGCUUUCUCUAAAGUAACAUCUAUUGGUGAUAUUGUCAGUGUUAUCUUUAAAAACUUUUCACUACCCGAAGUAGUAGCUAUGAUCGAGAAGAAAAAGAAGAGUGAUCCUGAAUUCGCCAAACUUGCUAGAGCUAUUCGGAAUCCAGAAUUCAUGGGUUUGUUCUAUCGGGCAUUGAAUGCCAAAGCUACUUGUGUAGGUUGCAAUGGACAAGAAGUUAGAAGAUUUAAGUUUUCAGCUGGUAUUAGUGUUUCUAUUGGUAAAUAA